AUGAGCUUGGAUGAGGAGGAAAAAAGGCGAUUUUGGGAGGAUUUGGAUGAAGUGGUGGGAGGUUUACUGUCUACUGAGAAGUUAUUCAUAGGAGGAGAUUUCAAUGGACACAUUGGGUCCGUUUCGAGAGGUCAUGACGAUGUGCAUGGGGGUUUUGGCUUCGGAGACAGAAACGGAGAAAGAGUCUCACUUUUGGAUUUCGCAAAGGCUUUUGGUUUGGUGGUAGCCAACUCGAGGUUCCCAAAGAAGGAGAAGCACUUGGUAACCUUCCAUAGCUCACUGGCUGUAACGCAAAUAGACUAUUUACUCCUUAGAAAAGAUGAUAAAGGUCUCUGUAAAGACUGCAAGAUGGCCAAUUACAUUAGAGAAGCAGCUAGAGAGGUUAUAAGGGUCUCGAGAGGUCGUCGUGGUGGGCAUCGAGGGGAUUGGUGGUGGAACGGAGAAGUCCAAGGCAAGGUGGAAGCAAAGAAGCAGGUAUAUGCGAAGUUGGCAGACAGCAAGGAUGAUGGAGAGAAGCAGAAAAAUUAG